AUGGACGAAUUGAAUUUGAACUCUGCUUGGUAUGACAUCAAGAUUAUUUAUCGUUACCCACAAGAAGUCCUACAUGAACGGAUAAAUUACGGGUAUAUGGCGACUAAAGAAGACAAACAUGUGAAGAUGAUGUUUAAUAGGAUCCAGAAAAUGCCCCAAGUAAAUGCUGCUGAGUUGUACAUAAGUUCAGAGCCGCUUGCGGAAGUUGAUACUGAGAUGGUGCAACAAACAACUACAUCUUUACAAUUUACAGCCCUUGAUGAUGGAUGCACUGCAAUGGGAGGGUAUACAAUGGGAGAUUAUAUGCUCCCAUCUCAAGAUCAUGUUGUAAAUACUAGUGAAACCCUCCAUUGUCAAGAGACACAUUUAGAGGAGGAUGACGAAGACGAAGACUAUGUUGAAGACAAAGACAAAGACGAAGAUCAUGCUACGAAUGAUGGUGAAAGUAUUGAUGGUGUGGAUGAGUACGAAGAGAGGAUUGAACGAGGCGACCUUGAGAACGAUGUGGAUGACCAUGAAGUCAUUCCCCAUUUUGAAGAGGAAAAUAUGGAGUUCUAUGAUGAAGGUGAUGCAGACGAUGAUAUUGGCAUCCAGCAUGAUACAAAUACGACCAUUGGCUACAGACCUCCUGCCGACUCAUUCUACGCAAAUACUUGGGAAAAUAUGUUUAAUCCUUCACGUCUAUUAGAACCAUUUGUUUGUACUUGGCAAGAUGGGAUGCAUUUUUGUAAAGGGUUGACUUUUGCAAAUAAAUCGGCGGUGAAACGUGCAUUGACAAUAUACGCAGCAAAUGAUAAUAGAAAUUUUAUAACCCGGAGGUCGAGCACCACAAAAUUGUGCUUCGCAUGCGUUGAUGACAACUGCAAGUGGUACGUUGGGGCAUUCAUGAAGAAUAAACUUAAUGGUCUGUGGGUGGUCACGUCUUAUGUGGGUCCACACACUUGUAUACCCUUUGGCCUGCAAAGAGACGGUAGAAUGAUGGAUUUUAAUUUUGUUGCAUCAGAAAUUGUGGAAAAAUUGCGACAAAAUCACACUGCUCGUAUUGAUGAGCUCUGGGAGAUCAUACGUACUAAGUAUAAUCAUGAGCUUUCUUACUAUAAAGACUCAAGUACCAAGUACAGCUAUCACACCAUACCAAGGCCAUACGAAGGUAUUGCGGUACUUCGCUAUGUAUAUUGGGCAUUCGCUUCAUGCAUUGCUGCAUUCAAAUAUUGCAGGCCAGUGAUUAGUAUUGAUGGGACUCAUUUGUAUGGUAAAUACAAAGGGGUGUUGAUGAUUGCAAUGACAACUGAUGCUAACCAAAAGGUUUUGCCUCUCGCCUUUGCUGUUGUAGACAGGGAGUCAGGGCCUAGUUGGGGUUGGUUUUUAGAGUGUCUUAGGACUUCCAUAGAGCAUGUCAUACCUAAGGAUGACAUUUACAUUAUUUCUGACCGACAUAAAGGUAUCAGAUGCGCCAUUCGAGAGUGGCCUAAAGGUGAGGACGGAAGAGAACAGGUAUAUCAUCGAUAUUUCCUUCGACAUGUUGCUAGCAACUUCAACACAAAAUUUAAGGACCCGACUUUAAAGGCAUUGGCCUUGAAAGCUGGAUAUGCGACUCAUGAAGCAAAAUUCACGUCCAUAAUGCAAACCAUUAAGGAGGCCGAGAUUAAUUUACUGAGGGGUGUAGACCUUAUUGAUCGCCACAUCCUACGCUAUAUGCCUUACACAUAUCUAAUGAGUAAGGAUGUUGACAAAUGGACCCAGUCACAGGAUGUUGGAAGGCAUUACGGGGCAAUGACAACCAAUAUCUCUAAGUGUUUUAAUGGGGGUACUUAA